UGAACUUCAUUUGUUAAGAUUACAAAAUCUUUUAUAAUAUCAUUCCUCUCUGCAAACACUUGUUAUCAAGUUUCAAAGGAUUUGAAGAAAAGAUGGUCCAAAUAAUUAAUUCAGCCUCCCUUAUUUAGCUUGUAGUCCAGCCCAUAGCUAACUUGUUCCAAGCAACAUUUUGACUUUGCACAUCAGCAUGGCGGCUGCACCAGCAGAAAAGGGCACAGGUCAUCACCAUGGCAACCAAAGACAGGUUGAGCAUCAGCCUCAGAUAGUGACAUUUGGUGAAGAGGGGUCAGGAACAGGACAGUUCCAGGGUCCACGUGGUGUUACAGUGUCAGAGGAAGGGGAGAUCUUUGUAGCAGAUACAGGGAACCAGAGAGUCCAAGUCUUCACCCUGCAGGGAACAAUUUUACGCAAGUUCCCAACAGUCGUAUUAGGUGAACAGAAGAUGGAACCAUAUGAUGUGGCCAUGGAUGGGGAGGGGAACCUGUGGGUGGUGGGGAAUACAGACUCUGCUAAAUUUGCUGUGCAGUAUGACAAACAGGGCAGGGUGCUGAGGAAGUUUGACCUACAGAAGACAGGGUGGGCCAGAGGAGUUGCUGUGGACACCAAGAGGAACAACAUCCUCAUCACACAAACCACAGUAAACAUGGGCAACUGUCAAAGUGAAGUGCAGAUGUUCAGGCCAGAUGGAACACUUGUGAGAACUGUGGGUCAGCAGCAGGGGAUGAAGCACCCACAGUACAUUACUGUGGACCGGAAAGAGAACAUUCUUGUGUCAGACUGUUUCAGUCACUUUGUCUUUGUGUACAACGAGGACGGACAGUUUCUGUUCCAGUUUGGAGGCUGGGGAAGUGGUGAAGGUCAGCUGAAGUAUCCCCGUGGCAUCUGUACAGACAGGGCAGGUAACAUCAUCGUGGUAGACACGGGAAACAGUCGUGUGGAGAUGUUCGACAAGACAGGAAAAUUCCUCAAACACAUCACUACAGACAUGAACAUGUUAAAGAGGCAAUGGGCUGUUGCCAUGGCAACACAGGGACAACUGGUGAUAACAGAUCCUGGAGACAACAGUGUCAGCAUAUUCCAGAACUUGUAA